AUGGAACAAAGAAGAUACGAGAGACGAAACGGAGCAGUGUGCUGGACCGGCUGCAUCGUUGCUGUGCUUUUGAGUAGUGUGGCUUCGGCACAAUUGAGAUAUUCGAUCUCAGAGGGAAUUGACGAAGGAAUUGUGGUUGGAAAUAUUGCGAAAGACCUGGGAUUAGAUAAAAGCACACUAGCAAGCAGGAAGUAUCGGGUUGUUUCCAGUGGUGCGGAUCCACUUUUCCAUGUUAACCCAAACGAUGGCAUCCUGUAUGUGAGCCGAACGAUUGACAGGGAAGAGGUGUGCGCUCAGAGCAGUACGUGUUUGAUAAAUCUGAAAACCUUACUGGAAAACCCGCUGGAAGUGCACUAUGUUGGAGUGGAGGUGUUGGAUGUAAACGACCAUUCUCCAAUUUUCCCAGAGAAAGAAAAACAAUUAGAAAUCUCCGAGUCUGUAUUACCUGGAGCACGCUUUCAGCUAAAACCCUCACGGGAUCGAGACAGUGGCCAUUUCUCAGUGCAACAAUAUAAACUCAGCCAAAACGAUCACUUUCGUUUAGAAGUUAGAGACAAAGGAGAAGAUGGUAAAAUACCUAUAUUAGUUUUACAAAAAUUAUUGGAUAGGGAAGCAGCUGUCAGUCAUUCGUUGGUGCUGACCGCUCUAGAUGGGGGGAAGCCUCCAAAAUCUGGAGACAUGAAUAUUCUAGUAAAUGUUUUAGAUGUUAAUGAUAACACCCCAAUUUUCUCUAAGGAUAUAUAUUCCGUGAUGCUCAAUGAAAAUGCUCCAAUAGGCACAACAGUCAUACAAGUGAACGCUACUGAUCUCGAUGACGGUCAAAACGGAGAAGUGGUUUACUCAUUUGGUAACAGUGUGAGUAAUACUUUAUUUACACUUUUUGACAUUAACCAAUCAACAGGGGAGAUAACUGUCAACGGUCUUAUAGAUUAUGAGGAGAAGGACAAAUAUGAAAUUGAAAUUCAAGCAUCAGAUAAAGGUUUUGCUCCGCUAACUACGGAAAAAAGUGUCAUUAUCAAAAUAGUUGACGUCAAUGACAAUGCACCGGAGAUUGAGAUUACCUCAUUUUCCAGCUCCAUACCUGAAGAUUCCAGACCUGGAACUACAGUUGCCCUCAUCAGUGUAAAUGAUUUGGACUCUGGUCUCAAUGGAAAAGUUAUUUGCUCCAUAGGUGAGGAUGUUCCUUUUGCUUUAUCGCCAUCUUUACAAGACAAAAUGUAUUCUUUAGUAACCAAAAUGCCUCUUGACAGAGAGAAAAGGGAUAAAUAUGAACUAACAAUAGUUGCCAAAGACUCUGGCCAGCCAGCAUUAUCAUCUGAAAAGACGAUACAUGUUGUGGUGUCAGAUGUGAAUGACAACAGUCCAGAGUUUUCACUGAGCCCCUAUACUUUCUAUGUCACUGAAGCUAAUGAGCCUGGUACCUCUGUAUUUUCGGUUAAAGCUUUGGAUCGUGAUGAGAACGACAAUGCAGUAAUUUCCUAUCACAUUUUCAGAGGUGGAAGCGAAGAAAAUAAAUUAACGACAUUCCUAAACAUAAAUAGUGAAAAUGGAGAUAUUCUGGCACUAAAAAGCUUCGACUUUGAAAUGCUGAAAACGUUCCAGUUCCAAGUUGUCGCCACAGAUUCUGGAACUCCGUCAUUAAGAAGCAACGUCACAGUGAACGUGUUCAUUCUGGAUCAGAACGACAACGCUCCAGUCAUCCUGUAUCCAGUCAGCUCCAACGGUUCUGCUAAAGGUGUGGAGGAGAUUCCCCGCAAUGUCAACGCAGGACACUUGGUGACUAAAGUCAGAGCCUAUGACGCUGAUAUAGGAUAUAACGGCUGGUUACUGUUUUCACUGCAGGAAGUAACUGACCACACUCUCUUUGGUUUGGACCGCUAUACAGGACAGAUCAGAACACUUCGCUCAUUGACAGAGACAGACGAGGCUGAGCAUAAACUAGUCAUACUGGUGAAAGACAAUGGCAACGUUUCACUCUCAGCAACAGCUACUGUGAUUGUCCAAGUUGUGGAGCCCAAAGAAGCUUUUGCAGCUUCUGAUGUUAAAAGUGCAGCAAAGCAUGAGGAGGGCAAAGAUGUGACUUUGUAUCUGAUGAUAACUUUGGGCUCAGUGUCUAUGCUUUUCCUCAUCAGUAUCAUUGUGCUGAUUGCAAUGCAGUGCUCUAAAACUACAGAAUAUACAUCCAAGUAUCUACAAGACACAAAUUAUGAUGGGACACUGUGUCACAGCAUCCAGUACAGAUCAGGAGACAAACGCUACAUGUUAGUUGGACCCAGGAUGAGUAUAGGAUCUACUAUAGUCCCAGGCAGCCAUGCGAACACACUAGUGCUCCCUGACAGGAGGAUAGCAUCUGAAGAGGUAAGGCAUAUUAAAACAAGCUUUUUGUUUGCAGGAAUCUUGUUUUCAAACAUGGAACAAAGAGGAUGCGAGGCAAGAAGGGCGAGAAGACGGUGGAUCGGAUACGUGAUUGCUGUGCUUUUGUGGAGUGUGACAUCGGCGCAAUUAAGAUAUUCCAUCUCGGAGGAAGUUAAGGAAGGAACUGUUGUCGGGAAUAUAGCGAACGAUUUGGGAUUAGAUAAAAUCACGUUGAAAGACAGGAAGUAUCGGAUUGUUUCUAGUGCUGUGGAACCUCUUUUCCAUGUAGAUCAGAACAACGGCAUCCUGUACGUAAGCAGAAAGAUUGACAGAGAAGAGGUAUGCGAACUGAGCAGUACGUGUUUAAUAAAUCUAAAGACCGUGCUAGAAAACCCACUGGAGGUGCAUUAUGUUGGAGUGGAAGUUGUGGACAUAAAUGACCAUUCACCCAGUUUCACAGAGAAAGAGAAAACGCUGGAGAUUUCAGAGUCUGUUUUACCUGGAGUACGUAUUCCGCUAAAAGCUUCACGAGACCCAGACGGAGGUCUUUUCUCAGUUCAGCAAUAUAAACUUAGCACCAAUGAUCACUUCCGUUUGGAAGUUAAGGAUAAGGGAGAAGAUGGUAAAAUACCAAUAUUAAUUGUGCAAAGAUCUUUGGAUAGGGAGGCAGCGAGAAGCCACUCGUUAGUGCUGACCGCGCUGGAUGGGGGGAAACCUCCGAAAUCUGGUGACAUGAAUAUUCUAGUCAAUGUUUUAGAUGUUAAUGAUAACGUGCCUGUUUUCACUAAAGACGUUUAUUCUGUGAUGCUUGACGAAAAUGCUCCAGUAGGCACAACAGUCAUACAAGUGAAUGCAACUGAUUUAGAUGACGGCCCGAACGGAGAGGUGGUUUACUCAUUUAGCAAUAGUGUGAGUCAUAGAUUAUUAAAUAUUUUUGAUAUCAAUCCAUCAACUGGGGAAAUAAUUGUGAAAGACAAUAUUGACUAUGAGGAGAAGGACAGAUAUGAGAUUGAAAUUCAAGCAUCAGAUAAAGGUCUCGCUCCCCUGGCUACGCAAAAAAGCGUCAUUAUAAAGAUAGUUGACGUGAAUGACAAUGCACCUGAUAUUGAGGUUACGUCAUUCUCGAGCUCCAUCCCUGAAGAUUCAAGACCUGGAACUACAGUUGCACUUAUCAGUGUAAAUGAUUUAGACUCUGGACUAAAUGGAAAAGUUAUUUGUUCUAUAAGUGAGAAUGUUCCCUUUGUUUUAACGCCAUCUUUACAAGACAAAAUGUAUUCGUUACUAACAAAGUCGCCUCUGGACAGAGAGAACCAGUCUCACUAUAUCGUAACAGUAGUUGCAAAAGACUGUGGCCAGCCCUCAUUAUCAUCUGAAAUGACGAUAAGCGUUGUGGUGUCAGAUGUGAAUGACAACAGUCCAGAGUUUUCACAGAGUCCCUACACUUUCUAUGUGACCGAGGGUAAUGAUCCAGGAGUCUCUGUGUUUUCAGUUAAAACUUUUGAUCGUGAUGAGAACAGCAAUGCGGAAGUUUCCUAUCAUAUUUUAAGAGGUGGAAGCGAAGAAAAUAAAUUGGCUUCAUUUUUAAACAUAAAUACUGAUAAUGGUGAUAUUCUGGCACUAAAAAGUUUUGACUUUGAAAUGCUGAAAACGUUCCAGUUCCAUGUUGUCGCCACAGAUUCUGGAACUCCGUCAUUAAGCAGCAAUGUCACAGUGAACGUGUUCAUUCUGGAUCAGAACGACAACGCUCCAGUCAUCCUGUAUCCAGUCACCUCGAACGGUUCUGCUGAAGGUGUGGAGGAGAUUCCUCGCAAUGUCAACGCAGGACACUUGGUGACUAAAGUCAGAGCCUAUGACGCUGAUAUAGGAUAUAACGGCUGGUUACUGUUUUCACUGCAGGAAGUUACUGACCACACUCUCUUUGGUUUGGACCGCUAUACAGGACAGAUCAGAACACUUCGCUCAUUCACAGAGACGGACGAGGCUGAGCAUAAACUGGUUAUACUGGUGAAAGACAAUGGCAAUGUUUCACUUUCAGCAACAGCUACAGUGAUUGUCAAAGUUGUGGAGCCCAAAGAAGCUUUUGCAGCUUCUGAUGUUAAAAGUGCAGCAAAAGAUGAAGAGGGGAAUGACGUGACUUUUUAUCUGAUGCUAACUUUGGGCUCGGUUUCUGUACUUUUUCUAAUCAGCAUUGUUGUGCUGAUUGCAAUGCAGUGCUCAAAAUCCACAGACUAUACAUCCAAGUAUUUACAAGAGACAAAUUAUGAUGGGACACUGUGUCACAGCAUUCAGUACAGAUCAGGAGACAAACGGUAUAUGUUAGUUGGUCCCAGGAUGAGUAUAGGAUCUACUAUAGUCCCAGGCAGCCAUGCAAAUACUCUAGUGCUUCCUGACAGGAGACGGGCAUCUGGAGAGGUAAGAGCAAUCAAUACCUACAAUAUUACAAUUGCCGGGCUGCAAUAA